GGUUCAAUUUAUAUACCCUGUUGAAAAAAGCGCAUCUAUUUCUCUCUCAAGCAGAAGCCUUGUGAAAAACCCUAGCUGGAUUACACCAUGGCUGGUAUGUAUGGUCACGAAGGCGAUGGCACGGCUCAACCUCCCAGAGAUAGCGGAUAUGGCGGUAGCGCCGGCGGUAGAGGUUAUGGUGGUUCCGGGGCAGCAGGAUACGGGUCCAACGGCCGCGGAGCAUAUCCUGGUUCUGCAGGUGGAGGAUACGGAUCUGGCGGCGGAGGAGAAUAUGGAAGUUCUGCAGGUGCAGGAUACGGAUCUGGCGGUGGAGGAGGCGGAUACGGAGGAAGCGGCGGGGGUGGCGCAUACGGAGGAAGCGGUGGGGGUGGCGCAUACGGAGGAAGCGGUGGGGGUGGCGCAUACGGAGGAAGCGGUGGGGGUGGUGGUCACGGAGGAAGCGGUGGGGGAGGUGGUUACGGAGGAAGCGGCGGGGGAGGUAGUUAUGGAGGAAGUAGUGGAGGAGGGGGUGGGGGGUAUGGUGGUAAUCAGCAAAAUCGAGGAGGUGGUGGAUAUCAAGGAGGAGAUAGAGGUGGAGGUGGAAGAGGUGGAGGCGGUAGAGGAGGUGGAGGCUCUGGUGGAAGCGGUCGGGAUGGUGAUUGGCGGUGCCCUAACCCGAGCUGUGGAAAUUUGAACUUUGCUAGAAGAGUUGAAUGUAACAAAUGUGGUGAGCCUUCUCCUGCUGGUAAUGAUGAUCGUGGUGGCAGAGGUGGUAACAGUUAUAACCGAGGCGGUGGUGGUAAUAAUCGAGAUGGAAGGGGUAGGUUUGAUAGUGGAAGUGGAGGAGGUGGUAGAAGCAGUGCUUAUGGUGAUAACCAGGGAAGAGAUAGCAGUGGUUAUGGUCAGGGUCCUCCUCCAGCCUAUGAUACCAGUUAUGCUCCACCUCCAAGUGGUGGUUAUGGUGGCAACAAUAACUAUUCUCCUGAUGCAGUUCCUCCUCCUGCAAGUUAUGGUGGUGGAACAACAUCCUAUCCUCCAUCGUAUGGUGCACCUGGUGGUUAUGGUGGCAAUGCUCCAGAAGAUGCCCGAGGAGGGGGUAGGUCAGUUCCUCCUGCUAGACAUGAUGGUGGGUAUAGCGGUGGUGGUGGGGGUUCCUAUGGCACUUCUGAUGACACUCCUCUAAAGGUCAAGCAAUGUGAUGAAAAUUGUGGUGAUUCUUGUGACAAUGCAAGGAUCUAUAUUUCAAAUUUGCCCCCGGAUGUGACUGUCGACGAACUUAGGGAACUUUUUGGAAGCAUUGGACAAGUUGCAAGAAUUAAGCAAAAGCGGGGCUACAAGGAUCAGUGGCCUUGGAGUAUAAAACUAUAUACAGAUGAGCAAGGAAACAAUAAAGGAGAUGCAGUUCUCUCUUAUGAAGAUCCUUCAGCAGCCCACUCUGCUGGUGGCUUCUAUAACAACCACAUAAUGAGAGGUCACAAAAUAAGUGUUGCCAUGGCUGAGAAGUCUGCUCCAAAACCUGCACCUGCAUACGGUAACAGGGGUGGCGGUAGAGGUGGAUAUGGUGGGGGUGGAGGUGAUAGACGUAGAGACAACUACAGGGAUGGUGGAGGCUCUGGUCCAGAAAGGAACUAUUCUGGUGGAAACAGAUCACGCCCAUAUUGAAGUUUUCAACCAAGAAUGUUAUGUACUAAAUUUGUGAUGGGAGGUUUAUCUUUAAUUCAAGUCCCUGAUAUGUUCUCUCUUAGUUGGUGACUUAAAAGAGGGCGAAUGGAUGUUCUUCAAAUUGCUGCUAAGGUAGGUUGAAAUAGUCAGGAGGAUGGAAACAAAGCCUUUUCAUCUAGGAAAUAAAUAAAGAAGACAUUAGGGGAGAAGCAGCAGAGAUGUCAUGUUGGUUGUUAGUGUUUUUUGUCUUUAAGAGGGAGGAAACGAGAGAAAUCAAUUUUUACAGUAAAAAACAUUAUUUACCAUAUUACGUAGUACUGGUAUUAACCAGAAGAAAGAACAUUUAUUUUAAAAGUUAACAAAAAAAAAGAUUUAAAUGUUGGUUGUUAGAGUUAUUUGGUAUUUGAGAAGGAGGUUUCAAAUGUUGGUUGUUAGAAAGUCAAACUUUUAUGGUACAAAACUUUUAUUUAUCAUAUUAUUAACCAGAAGAAGAAUACUUAAAAGUCGAUGUGUUAAAGAAAUUUCAGAUUUCUUGUGCAUUGCUUUUGAUGCAUGGUAGAAAGAGUUAAAUGAUGUUUUCUUAUUACUUUUAAUGAUUAAGUUGUAGUAAGAACUUAAUCUACAAUAGAACAUAAUCUUAGUGACUUAAUAAUUGUUGGCUAUAAGUCAUUAGCCAUAGGAGUUACUCCCUCCGUCCCCUUAAGUUUGUCCCGUUUUACUUUUUUCGUCCGUCCCACUAAGUUUGUCCCAUACCAUAUUUGGUAACAUUUGAGUGGUUAGAAUUCAUUCUUACUUUAUUUAUAUUUUAUCAAUUCAAUACCAACCACACAAUUCCACUUUUUCUUAAAAACCACACCACACCCCUCCGUCCCAAACUUAGGGGGACGGAGGGAGUAUAUCCUAAAUAUUACUAAAUUAAAGUCAUUUUCCAAAAAUGCGACUACUUUUAAAUAUGGACAAAAAAUGUGACCAACAAGGUCAUAUAUUUGGAAAAGAGUAAAUGAUCAGUUUGGUCCUCGAAGUUGCAUAAAAGGGAUCAAAUAAAUCCUUAUAGAAGAUUCUGUUUGGACGUGCCAUUUGAGGCAGUUUCAGAUGGAAUUUUUUGAUAAAUUUGUUUGAACAUCUUAUUCAUUAAGUCUAGUUUAUUCAUACCAAAUUUUAGCUAAAAAUUCAAUCGGGAAGACAUUCAAAUGAAUUCUUAAAGAUAAUUGCGUUUUUAACUGCACAUUUAUUUUGAAGAAUUCAUUUGAAUAUCUUUCCGAUUGAAUUUUUAUCUGAAAUUUGGUAGAAGUGAACUGGGCUUAAUGAAUAAGAUGCUCAAAAAAUUUCAUCAAUAAAUUCUACCGGUAACCGCCCCAAAUGGCGACGGCCGUAUAGAAUCUCCUAUAUAAAGACUUAUUGGACCCCUUUUAUGCAAUUUCAAGGACCAAACUGACCCUUUACUCAUUUGGAAAAUCAUGAUGUAACUAUAAAUCUUUUGUCACUGCAAUUUUUUCGUGUCACUAUAUUAUGUCACUACUGGAUUUUAAUGCCACUUGCGAAUGUCACUAUCCGAUUUUAAUGUCACUUACGGACGUACGAAUGUCACCAUCGUUAGAAAACAUGUCACUAUGACCGUUUCCGAUUAGUGAAAUUGUCGUCACCAACACCAUGGCCGAUCACCACCACCCCCGACUCCUACACUCGCACUUAGCCCCGCACACAAAUCCGACGAAAACCACCGUAGACAGCCGCCACCCUCACCAUGACCACAACGGCCUCUCCCCAACCCACGAGCCCCCUCCCUGGCCCCACCCCAACCUACUAGCUCCCUCCCCAUCUUCACCCCAACCCCAGCCCCUGCAAAUCGCGGCCCAAAACCACAACACACCCCUGACCUGCAACUGUCGUAUCACAUCACCACAUUACCACCGUCUGCCGCCACUUUCCAUCCUCUAACUCACCUCUAGCGCAACUCUGACCAUCGACAUUAAGUCCUGGAACUCUAAUCUAUCGGAUUUCCGUCAUAAUUGAAGCAAUCGCAGAUACAGAGGCCAAAUUGGCAUAGAAAGGAGGAGGAGAAGAAGAAGAGUUAGGGCAGUAAUGGUAGCCGUCGCAGAUGGAGAUGUUGUCGGAGAAGAAGAAGAAGAACGAUGCGGUGGAUGGUCGUGAGAAGAGAGAAGGCGCAGAUCCAUGGGGAGAAAAGUCGGCGCUGGUCAUUUCCUUCGCUCCAUUGCCGGAGGGUGAAAAUCGUCGCUGAGAGGGAAUAUCGCUUAGAGGGAGACACAUGUUUUUGGAAAGUGUAAAAACAGUCAUAUUUUAGUCUAUUUAAAGUGUAUUGAUAAUACUUGUGCCAUUAUUUCUUAGUCAUAUGUACUCAUGUUUAUUUAUGACUUACUUAAUUGAAGUGAUGAAUUAUUCA